GUAAUAAAUGAUUGAGAUAUGAAAUCCGUUGAAAGAUAAUUCCCAUAACAAUACUCCAACCUCUCAGUAAAACGGUAGUUGUGAUAUUACAACAGUUUAUUCCUUGCUCUACGUUUUUUCUACAUAGAUUCAUGAUACCCUGGCCAGCGUUCAAGAUUUUCAGUUCCUUUUCUCUUCACAGCAAUCAAGCCAUCAAGCAUCAAACUGGGUCAUUGUUUCCUCUCAGACCUUAACAAAUUCCGUAUCAGUUGUCCAAGAGCUGCAGAACCCAUCUGAAAUUGAAGAUGGAUGCGUUUUUGCAUGAGUUCAAGGCCGCCUACAAUGAGGGAAAUGGGUACAGUUUGUCCAUGACCCUUUACCCUGUCGCCCCUGCUUCAAACCCCAACAGACUUCGAGAAUUCUAUAGAAGUACAAAUUUCGAGCAUGUCAAGAAGGAUAUCGAAUAUCGACUUCUAUAUGAUGAUCGAUCUCCGUUGAAUUGUUCGGUGGAAGAAGGUCGGGCAUGGGUGGACGUUUACUGCGCCUUUUGGAAGUUCAUUGGCUUUAUGUCCAAUGCAGAGGCUGCUCCUGAAGACAACUCAAAGGAUGCAUGGACGAAGGUAUAUGAAUCAUGGAAGGAAGUAACAAAUGCUCUUCAUCGUGGUUACAGUGCCUGCGGAUUUGAGGCUUGGACUGUACCUUGCUUAUACGUAGCUGGCAAAUAUCUACGAAUCUUUGCCAUCAAAGCUGAUGAAGCAACUGGCACCGUGUCGAAUGCAGCCAUGAAUUACCAGGAUGAUUUGAAUCCAGAGUCAGAGACAAACGAGAAGCUGGAAGAUGCUGCUCGACAACUGAAUCGCAUAUUCACAUUGUGUCUCAGCGACCGAGCAACCCUUGAAGAGUCUAGAAAAUGGGCUACUUACAAUAUUAUUAACCUGCUGUUCAAGACCUACUUCAAAUUAAACUCUAUCGGAUUGUCAAGAAAUAUCCUCAACGCAAUCCAGGCAUAUAGAGGUGAUAUGCCGAGUCUUGAAUCUUUUCCUAUGUCUCAUCAGGUGACGUUCAAAUAUUAUUGUGGGGUCAUAUAUUUCCUUGAGGAACAUUAUGAAGAAGCAGAGAAAUAUCUCACCGAAGCUUGGAGAUUAUGUCACAAGAGUGCCGUCAAAAAUAAAGAACUCAUCCUUACCUACCUAAUUCCAUGUCACCUCUUAACAACCCACACUCUUCCUACCCCAGCCCUCCUUAAACCGUAUCCGAAACUUCAAAAACUUUUCGGUCCUCUCUCGCGGUGUAUCAAAAAGGGUGACCUUGCCGGUUUCGACGCCGCUCUUCUAGCCGGCGAAAAUGAAUUCGUCAAACGUCGCAUCUACCUCACCCUAGAACGAGGCCGCGAUAUCGCUUUACGCAAUCUCCUACGAAAAGUAUUCAUCGCAGGCGGUUACGAAGAAGCCAAGGAACCAACUGCUGCACCAGUAAGAAAGACAAGAAUCCCAGUUGCGGAAUUCGCUGCUGCAAUUAGCAUUGGGAGUAAAGAAACGAUGGAAAAUGAUGAAGUGGAAUGUUUACUUGCAAAUAUGAUUUACAAGAGCUUGAUGAAGGGCUAUAUAUCACGAGCACAUGGGAUCGUCGUGUUAAGCAAAGGUGGCGCAUUUCCUGGAACAGGCGUUUAAUGAUUUCUCUUAGCGGUAGUAAAGCGACAAUGAUAUCAAUUACAUCAUGCAAGAUAAUAAAUAACGCGUGGAUAUAUGAAAUUAUUCUAUUCAGAAAUGUUCGCAACAUACUAGUCACUUUGUAAGUUCAAAGAUUGGUACCGAGGACAUUUGCCCCCUAGGCAACCGUUGAUUCGUCUCACUUCGGUCCAAUAUGUACUCGGCGAUAUACAUGAAUUCAGCAUUCGGUAACGAGUAUUGAUUUUCGAUUUCUCCUCACUGUACAUCCCACACCACCACACCAAGAUAUUUUUAUGAUAGUUCAGCAAACCUCACACGAGACAAGUGGAUGCAUACAUACAUACAAACAAAUCAUUCUCUCUUCGACCCAUACAUACAUACAUAGAUAUACAACCGCCUUGAAUAUCUUGGCUUCUACCA